AAUAAGCAGACGUCAGAGCCUCUUCGCCCCGCUUCACCGCAGCAGUUACAUUUCUAUCGCGGUGGAAUCACAGCCUUAUUUGCGGGAUUUCGCCGCUGCUUACGCUGCGCUAUGUAGGCAUCGAUUGGCAUGCUGCUGGUUGCUAAAAUACGUUUAUCGGCUUUUUAGUUUUAAACACCGUGCCUUGGCGGAAAGAAGAGGAUUUCGUUUUAUUUAAGGUAAAGUGACGAUGAACGAACAGGAGGGUGGGGUGGUCUCAUUUGAUGAAUAUGUGCGGCAGAAGGCCCGCACGGUACCUCAGCAUAGGAUGAAGGAGUUUCUGGAGUCUCUCGCUAAGGGCCCAGAGGUGCUGCAGGAGUUCAGCCAGCAGGGGGGAGAAGGCGGGGCAGCAGCUACCACCACAACCAUGGUGUACCAGCAGCAGGAGGCCAAUUGUAUCUACACCGACAGCACAGAGGUGGCUGGAUCCCUCCUGGAGCUGGCCUGCCCUGUCCAGGUGACCUCAGCGGAGAUUUCCCCCCAAAUGUCUGUGCAUCCAGGCUCUGAACAGCAACUUCAAGUGCAGGUCCAGAUCCAGGAACAGUCUGGCCAAACAGUCAGCCAGGUUCUGCAGGUGGCCUCUCCAUCUCAGCAGGAGCUGCAGGGAAUCUCUACAGCCCAGCUGGUGCAGCAGGCAGAGCUCACAGAGGAACAGCAACAGCAGAUUCAAGCUCAACUGCUCGCAGCUGUUGCUGGAGGUCAGCAGAUUCAGCUGUCAAGUGGUGAACAAAUCCAUCUCCAAGGAACCCAGCAUAUUCAGCUUCCUGGAGGACAGCAGAUCCAGCUUCAGGCUGGCCAACAGAUUCAACUACAAAGUGGCCAACAGAUCCAGAUCCAGACCAUAGAGGCCAUGUCUCCUUCCCAACAACAGGAUUCUCCGAGGGAAGGAGAGAGACGGCCUGGCGCUGUGGCAACCGUUCUCCAGCCAGCUAAGAAGCGCAAGGUGGAUGUUCCCCUGGCUGUCUCCUAUGCUGUGCCGCAGGGGCAGCAAGUGGCCACAGUUCUGACCAUCCCUCAGGGGCAGCAGCAGAGCUAUGUGUCCCUACGACCAGAUUUGCUCACCGUUGACAGUGCUCAAUUGUACAGCACGACAGGAACUAUCACAGGUCCCACAGGUGAGACGUGGACCAUCCCCGUUUACUCUACUCCACAGCAGCAGGGGGUGACGCACAUCGCUAUACCACAAGACACAUACAGUGCAGUGCAACUUACUACUACGAACGGCAAGGACAAAGGGGUCUCUAGUUCUGUGUCGAGGUCUGCGGACGGCCAAGCAGCCUCCACUGCAACCCAGGAAGAGAUAGUGCAGACGCUGCUGCCUGCACAAUUCAUGAACGGGAAUAUCCACAUUCCUGUAGCUGUGCAGACGGUAGGAGGGACUUACAACACUACACAGUCAGUUCAUAUAUGGGACCCCAGUCAUCAGCAGAGCCAAGGCGAAGACGGCCAGGAGCAGCAGCUCCAUCUGCAGGGCCAAGUAGAGACGGAGGCUGACGGCCAAGCACCCACCGAGAUUCUGGUUCCCAUCUCUCUGAAGCCAGAGGAGGGUCUGGAAGUGUGGCGUUUUUGGGCAAAGAAAAAAAACGAUGAGCUUAGCAAGCAGGAACAGACAAAACUCGCACCCAUUGGACGGCGCCAGCCUCUGCGUUUCCAAGAGGACUUGGUUUCCAGCGCGGUUGCAGAGUUAAACCUUGGACUUUCCUUGAUGACUCAAGAGGCUCGAGGGGCAGAGGAAGAAGAGUUGGCCCCAGAUGUUCUGUAUUAUGUGUUUUUGUGUAUACAGAAGUAUCUGUAUGAAAACGAACGUGUGGAUGACAUCUUCUCUGAUCCAUACUACACGCGUUUUUGCGAGAGUUUACACAAACUCUUACAUGGCUGGAAACCCAGCAUCCAUCCUUUAGGUUAUAUCAUUCCUAGUCAUGUGACAGAGGAGAUGCUGUGGGAGUGUAAACAGCUUGGUGCUCAUUCUCCCUCCACUUUGCUCACAACACUAAUGUAUUUCAACACUAAGUAUUUCCGCCUGAUAACUCCUGAACACCACAUGAGAGUGGCUUUUUCUAAGGUGUUGAGACACUCGAGAAAGAACCCUACUAAUGCCAAGGACAAGGCCACCAGUAUUCGCCUUCUAAAAGUGCAAAGCCAACACAGCUCUGGACAAAAAGGAACUGACGACAUGUAUGAAGAGCAGAUAGAAGAUCCUGAGAACCCUCUUCGCUGUCCCAUUAAACUUUACGACUUUUACCUCUUCAAAUGCCCCCAAAGCGUCAAAGGGCGCAGUGACGCCUACUACAUGACGCCUGAGCCUGUUGUGGCGCCAAACAGCCCCAUGUGGUACUCGUCUCAGCCGCUCUCUAGUCAGCAGGUGGAGCAAAUGCUUUCUCGCAUCAUCGUAGUCCGAGAGAUCCAGGAGAUCAUCGGCACCGCUCCUGAAAGCUCGAGCUAAGAGGGAAGAACUGGCUGGACUUGACUAUGCAGUACCUAUCCAGACUGUAUGUCAUCUAAUAAAGCGGGGCAUCCUCUGAAACAAUCAUUUUCUUCUUAGCAGAGCAGUAUGAUUGCAUUUGCUAGUUCUCAUCUGAUGGGGUUGGAAACUCUAACCUUUGAGCAGAGCCAGCUGCUGAAGUGUGACAUUCACGUGCAGAGGUGGACGAGUUUGUUUUUUUUCUUCCUGUAGACCUCUUAUCAACAUCAUACCAAAUUAUUCAAUCUUAAACAUCUUAUUCAAGUCUUAUUUUCUUCAAGCUCUCACUAUGAUAGAUUGCAACUCAUAAUUACAGGGAUGAUUGCUCAGUUUUUGUAUUCUGACAGCAAUUUAAACAAUGUAUGAAUAUGAUUAAGUCAGAAGAAUGUGUGCCUUUGUCCUUUUUUUUUUUUUUGUUUUUUUACUUCUACUUAUAGCUUGUCAAUUUUCAACAGGAUCCAAUAUUUUAUUGUAAUUAUUUAGGCUUAACCCCUCAGUUGGAUAACUAUCAAAUAUUUUGCCA